AGUAUGCCCACAUGUAGCGUGGAGUGAUGGAAAAGGCAUGCGAGGCCAAGAAGGUCGAAAAUAUCUACAUUCCGACCGGGACGAAGGUUGUCUUCGUCAUGCGUGUUCGUAGGUCGAUCGGCAGGUUUCUUUAUCAAGUGCUGCUGCUGUUUCAUCUGAACCAAAUUAGCAACCCCAACCUGUACAAGGAUACCAACAACAUGCUGCGCAUUGCCGACUCACACAUCACUCACGGCUACCCCUUGCUCAAGUAGAUCCGCAGCCUAAUCUU